UGCUGUCCUUCAAAGAUGGGACUUUCCCAGACACACAAUCAUUUUGAAGAUGGAAAUGGAAACUCAGAGGAAGGUCACAUGCACUCUCGCACAGUCUGUCUCCCACAGUCAGUCACCACAUUAGUACUGCGUGGUAUCUCUCCUCACACACACACAUACUCUCUCACUCACUCAUGACGAGUACUCAAGAGGACAUGGCACAGAAAGGAUGGCUGCUCUGUCUGAACUGCACCAUGACCAAAAGACCAAGUCUUCUUAUUGACCCUUUGAGGUGUAAUAAACUCCUGAUGACAUGUCCAAAAACAUGUCAAAGUAAAGAAGAAUCACCUUGAUGUAAAACCUGAGUGUGAAAGGCUUUAUUUCUCAAAUGAAGUGUAAAAAGGAAGGACUGAGCAAACAACUCUGCUUGUGGUGACAGAAAGGGUGGCUGACAAUGUGGGACAACUGCCUGCUCACUGUGAGGUUCAAAGCUCUUGAGUAAGAGGAAAUGAAAGGAGGAACACAAGCAAGAGCAACAAGAGUUCACCAAAUCAAUCGGCAUGAUAGUUGAACUGAGGUUAAAGCAGAAUGGAUGCUUCACCACCAAAUUUGCCUGCUUUCGUGAUUCUAUGUUUAACCUCCAUCAUGCAUCAAAACUGGGCUUUGGAGGUGACCUGUACGGGGAAACUCACGCUGGACCCUGGCCCACUGGUGGAAUGGGGGUCUUCGUUGAGCGUCUUCUGCCAGAUAAAUGAGUGCCGUGCAGGUCCUCAAAACCCCUUCUCCAUAAAGCUCAACUACAAGCCACUACACCUUGUGGAACAGAACUGCACGACAGCCCGGCUCCACAUAGCCAACAUGACUGCCUUAGGUUCCCAUCUGUUUUGUUUAGUGGGCAAACGAGUUGUUUGUGGAAUAGACCUGAAAUCUGGACAUCGGCCAGCCAAAGCGACUCAGUUUAACUGUUUCACACCAAUUAAGUCUGACACCAUCAGCUGCUCUUGGAUUAACGGAAGGGAAACCCACCUUCCAACAAACUAUUCAGUUAGAUUUAGCAGUGUAAAUGGAAGCAAGUAUUUCCCCUGUCAGCGCCCAGGUUGCAGCUCUGUUAGCAUACCACGAACCAGCUUCAGCGAGAGUGCAAAGUAUGAUGUGCAUGUGGUUGCGCAGAAUGCUCUGGGAAUCUCUACCUCUGAUGUCUACGCCUUCUCAGUUAGAGAUGUAGUGAUACCUAACGCCCCCACUAUCAAAUGGGUCAACUUCACUCACAUGACAGGCUCCAGUUUUCUAAUGACCUGGAACAGCUUAGAGUCUUCUGAGCAUGUGAAGCACAGAAUUUGCCUUGGUGCGGAGCUGAUCUGGGAGGGAAAUGCCACCCAGAGUAGUGGCAGUGGAGGUAGUGUUGCAGUGGAGGGUCUGAAGUCGAGGACCAUGUACACAAUCGAGUUGAGGGUGUGCACCCAAGUCCCCAAGCCAAAGUGUAGCCUGUGGAGUGCACCCAUGGGCGCAGUUACCCCAGGGUUUGCACCAACACAAAAACCUGUUGCCUGGAGAACAGUUGGUCACACAGAGAGCCCUGGUGUUCAGAAUGUGACUGUGCUCUGGGAGUCCAUGGAAUCUGAGGAUUUCAAAACCCUGUACUAUGAGGUGUCUUACUGGCACCAUGGCCAGAGACUGGUACCCUGUUCAGUCAAUGUCUCAGAGGUGCGGCUUCAGCUACCAGCCGAAGUAAAGGAGGUCAACCUUACUGUUGUCACAUCAGCAGGGAGCUCCCCUCCUGCCUCUCUGAGUCUAACUCACACAAAUAUCGCGGCUCCGGUAAUGAGAGUCUCCUCCCCAAAGGAGGACACUGUGCUUCUGUCCUGGCUUUGUCAGAUGAAACUUGGGGUUACAGGGUUUCCACUGGGAUAUGUCAUCCAGUGGCAAUGCAAGGACUCCCCGGUCCAAUGGAGAAGACUGUCCAGAGACUGUAACUCAACAUAUAUCAGAGGCUUGAAACCAGGUUGGAGAUAUGAUGUGCUGUUACAAGCUGAGACCACAAGAGGGCUCUCUAAACCUGCCUUUCUGCAGGUGUACUCAGCGGAGAGAAAGCCACUGUCUGGACCGAAGGCCUUUAUUCACAGCACUGGCUCAAAGCACAUUCAGGUCAUAUGGGAGGAGCCUACCCUUGAAGACCAGAGAGGGUUCAUCACCCACUAUACCAUCUACAUCCGCAAGCACGGAACUGGAUAUUUUAAACCAAUGUUUCAGGUUAACGCUUCAUCUCCAAGAGAGCAGUCGCUGGACACACUGGACACUGGCUUUGAGCUUUGUAUAUCGGCCUGGAAUGCUGCAGGAGAGGGACUUAAAGGGGUGCCUAUCUCCUAUCAGAGACUGAAAUCAGAUGGAAUGUUUGUCGGGAUUUGGGUGGUGGCCGCUGUCUCCUUGGUGCUUGUAGCAAACCUGAUAUGCUUGAAAUGUGCUCGUACAAGAAUUAGAGCAGCGUGUGUAACAGUUGGACCAGCAUGGCUUUUUGAGACAUUUCCAAAGGUCGGAAAUAGCAAUGCCAUCAAAUUAUUGAAGGACGAGAGGUGCGGCUCAGACUCGCUCUGGAUGUCAGUAUGCAGUGACAGCGACCCGCCCAUCUCCCCUGUGGAGGACAUCGCAGAGCCCAUCGCCCAAACGUUCCUCUUCCCCUCCGUCCACGACAAAGAGAAAGCCAAGGAGGUCCGAGUGGCCAGACCGGAGAUUGUGGAUCCUUACAAACCGCAGUGGGCAGACUCGUGUCAAGUCAGCUCCACCCAUCUAUCUGAAACCCCUGAGGUGGCGCCCGAGGAGGACACAGAGGAAGAGUGCCCCCUGUGGGCAUGUCUCCCACAGCCUUCCUAUGGGAAGGAUAUUGGCCUUGGUGAUGUGACCUUAGGAGGCUUCAAGGGCAUAGGGGUCACAGGGAAUCUUCUUUGUCCCCCUUUGCUUGACCCCAAGCAGACUGAGUGGCACACAAAUAUGAGUGCUGGCAUGAGGGACAUGAGUGGUUUCUCACUGGCCUUGCUGACUGAGGAGCAGACUGUAUUGCCUAAUGACCUGCUAACUACUCGGUCACCACAGAUAAACCCCUACUCACCUCAGGGAUGUUGGCUUAAAGUUGCACAUAAUACCUAAUGGAGACUUUUGGAUUCCAACAACUACAGAGACCUCCUCACAGGAAGAUGUACUCUGCUGUGAGGGCACUUUGGACUGUGAAUGUACACAACUGGGAAAGCAAUUUGAAUUGCUGUCAUUAAGCAUUAUAUCAGACUUUAACUUUUGAAUUGGACUGGAUGGACUAAUGUCACUUGAACUCUUUAAGACAUUAUGUAUCUGAUAGCCAAAUGCACUUAACACUUUCCAUAUCUGCUGCAUGUAACUGGAAACAUUAAAAAUCUUAUGAGCUGUAAGCUUAUAGUGUAUAUUGAGACUGUAAUCAUCAACCUAACUCUCUUUUGGUUCAUAUUCUGACACAUCUCACCUCUGUAUUGUAAAACCGUAAUGCACAUUUUCUAACAGAUGCAUCUACCGUUUCUGCAGAAAUACUGAUGCCAAACAAUCUACAUUAUCCAUAUAGGCCUAUUUAGUGAAAUACUAUGGAGAAUGUAACAGCUUAAACUGCCAUGAAAAGAUACUCACAUCAUAACUGUGAAUGUAACUGCCAGUGGUAACAUCCCCUCCUACUGUACCUGGAAAGUACAAUGUGCUCACACUGAGGAAAGUGAAAUCAAUGACCAUGUGGGGAGUUCAAAAGUUUUGAAACAGGGUUCACUUCAAUGCAUGUUACACAAUUCAUUGCACAAUUCAUAUUUAGACAACAAACCUUUUUCAUCUUCAAUCAAGUUGCGUUGGCAAUGGUCUGGCAGAGCAUUCACUGGGCCCUCCCUCUGAAAAUCACUUUAUUCCUUUAAAUUUACAUAAAUUGUAAAUGUAUAUCAUAUGUAAUUACUCCUUUAGAUGUACAUCAGUUAUGCUGUAAAUCACAUUAUCUGUGCCAUAACCUAAGAUAUUCCCUGUGCUAUCUAGAUAAUUUGAUGGUUGUGCAAUGUGUAUGUUUAUGUUUAUUUCCCCUCUGUUUGACUUCAAGGCCACAGAGCUUACCCACAUCUGCACGACGGCAUGGCAGUUAAGUUACUUCCUGAAGUUCUGAUUCUCACAUCCUUCAAGGCACUUUCAGAGUGCAUAUUUGCCUCUUUACUGAUUUAGAUUCUUGCACUCCCUUCUGUUGCUUCUUGGUUUGCACAUCAUGCAGUGCCUGCUGCUACGUCUUAGUUUAGCUUUGCUGUUGGAUGCUAGUUUCUGCCUGAUUCAUUCAACUGUUGUUAAGGAAUGUCACAUAGGAAUGCACACAAAAAGUAAACAUUUCAACAUUUCACUAUACAUAAGAAAAAAGUGUUUAUUUGGCUGGCAUGAGAGUGUUCGUGUGAAUUACCACUAGGCUAAGACAUGCUCUUGAGCCGGAGGGAGAGGCGUUUCCAGGAAUAGUCACCAAAAGAGAAGUGUGAUAUUGAGCUCACAAACUGUAUUUCAAUGGCAACUGAUGACCACAAAGCAUUUGCGCUUAUGAGGCUUGUAAUUGGGAUGUUGUAUGUGUUUAUUGUUCUAUUAAAGUACCGUCUGGAUGGCU